GUUUUUUACUUUACUCCUUAAUUUAAAUGUUGAUAUUUAAGCAGGCUUAAAAGAACGAACAAAAAAAAAAAAACACAUACAGAUCAGGGAAUAGCGGGUUAGUGGGGUCUGUGAAGCAGCAUGGCCACUUUGACCUACCGAAACAGGCGAAGUGAGGCAGUGGGCGGAAAUGACAGACGUACAGAGAAGGAAAAUCAAGACCAAUCUGGGAAUCUUGAUGGUCAGGUUGAAGAGGAUAAAGAAGAUUCCAAGGACCUUCGUCUCACACUUAUGGAAGAAAUACUACUUUUGGGACUUAAAGACAAAGAGGGAUACACUUCUUUCUGGAACGACUGCAUCUCGUCAGGGCUCCGAGGCUGUAUUCUUAUUGAGCUCGCCUUUAGGGGAAGGAUCCACCUUGAGCCAGCCACGUUAAGUAAGAAAAAAAUGUUGGAUCGCAAGGUUUUAUUAAAGUCAGAUGCCCCAACAGGAGAUGUUCUUCUGGAUGAAGCUCUCAAGCACAUCAAAGCUACCAGUCCUCCUGAGAAUGUGCAAAGUUGGAUUGAGUUUCUCACAGGUGAAACGUGGAACCCUCUGAAGUUACAUUAUCAGUUGCGUAAUGUUCGAGAAAGGCUAGCAAAGAAUUUAGUGGAGAAAGGCAUUCUGACCACAGAGAAGCAGAACUUCCUUCUGUUUGACAUGACUACUCACCCAGUCACCAAUACAACCAAAAAGCAACCUCUUGUGAAAAGGUUACAAGACAGCCUGCUGGAGCGCUGGGUGAAUGGCCCUCAUCGCAUGGACAGACGUUUGCUGGCUCUUAUUGUCUUGGCUAAUGCUUCUGAUGUGCUGGAAAACAUCUUUUCAAAUCUUGCUGAUGACAAAUAUGAAGUAGCAGUAACCCGCUCGCGGGAACUGUUGGAUAGCAAUCCCGAUGAAGAUGGCAACAAGAACGAGGGUACAGAAAUGAUCUGGGCUGUUUUGGCAGCAUUUAAUCAAUCUUGACUUUCCUUAAAAUAAACCAAAGACUGUUGUGUUCACACUUUAGUUCCAGGAAGUGUAGACAUUGGCUGCUUAUUUAAAACAGAAGAUGCAGCCCUUGAACGCUUAGGGGUGUAGCACAAUAUGGUGCUGGGUGUGCUCUGGAAAGCCUUAAAUUGUACCCGUCUUAAAACUUGCC